AUGGACCAAGCCGUCUGGCCGACGACGAUGCGAGCGACCCAAGGCGACAAUGAUCUGGACGAAGAGCCCCAUGAAGUGUUUAUGGCCCUCUUCAUCGAGAAGGGGAAGCUUGGCGUCGCUGUCUACGAUGCCAUGUCCACGAAGCUCAAGACCGCGCAGAUCCCAAUCACGACCUCGGACCUUGCCCUCACGCUCCAAAUGCUCAAGACGCAGAUGGAGCCACGAGCGAUCGUCGUCUCCCACCGCAACUUUGCCAAAUUCGACAUGGACAUCCUCAUGUCGGACGAGCACACCGAGGUGUGCCACCGCAAACCCUCAGACUUUGGAUACGCCAAGGCAUGCAAGUCCAUUGCCAGCUUGCGCAUCGGCACGGACUGGGAGCACUACUGGCGCGAUUUGAGCGAGACAACCGAGCACGACCUCUUUCUUUGAGAUUCGGGAAGCGCUUACGAGCAUGAUGGACAGACGGGAAGUCUUCAAGUACCUCGG